AGAGAAAAAGUGAGGGACAGAGAGAGAGACAGGUAUACAGAGAGACAGACAGUAAGAGAGAGAGAUAGACAGAGAGAGACAGAGUAGGAGAGAGACAGGAAGAGAGAAAGACAUACAUAGAGAGACAGAGAGGCAGGGGGAGAGAGACAGUAAAAGAGAGAGAGAGAGAGAAGGAAGAGAGAGGCCAGUGUUAAGUUUCACUUUCAGUAUAGCUGCAGCUCUAGCUUUACUUGACGCUGUUUUUAUUAUCUGGAGAAAACGCUGGAUUCAGAUUCCUUUUCCUUGAGUCAUGGAGCCUAAAACCAUUGAAAUGGCGGCCCUAGGAAGGUCCCUGUACCCUGGCAUGUUGUAUGACUGUCGCAGCGAUUCCUUUAUUCCAGGUGUCACUCUCUGGGAUAAAGCAUCAUUAACCCAAGAUUUGGAUAUCCGUAAACAGCCCAACACAGACCUAAAGUUCUCUGCAUCUGAUUCCCUCUCUGAUAAGGCCAGCCUCUUAGACGUGAGUGCCUCACUUAAAGCCAGCUUUUUUGGAGGUCUGGUGGAGGUUGGAGGUUCAGCAAAGUACCUAAACCACAAAAAGUGCUCAGAAAAACAGUCCCGCGUUACUAUGCAGUACAGCCAAAGAACAAAAUUUGAACAGCUUACUAUGACCCAGCUUGGCAAAAUCACCUACCCUGAAGUGUUUGAGCAGAAGACAGCCACUCACGUUGUUACAUCUGUGCUGUAUGGAAGUCAGGUCUUCAUGGUGUUUGAUCGUACAAAUGCAGACUAUGAAGACAAACAGGAGGUUGAAGGAAAUCUAAAUGUAUUGGUGAAGAAGAUCCCUUCAUUUUCCAUUGAGGGAGAAGGAGCUCUGAAGAUGAAUGAGAAGGAAACGGAACUGGCUGAAAGUAUCAGCUGUACAUUUUACGGCGACUGUGUGCUUGAAGAGAAUCCCACCACAUAUAUCGAAGCUUUGCAGAUAUACAAGAAGCUGCCAACUCUGCUAAGGCAAAAGGAGAAUGAUGCUGUGCCAGUGAGGGUCUGGCUUUAUCCUCUUACACAUCUGGACAGUAGAGCUGCUAAGCUGGAGAGAGAAAUCAGUGCCACAUUGAUAUCUGAUAUACAAAGUGUGUUAGAGGAACUGGGGAAUGCUGAGAGAAAAGUCAGGGACUUAUUCGGGAACAAAAUGGUAAAUGAUUUUGAGGAUGUGAAGGACAGGCUGCGGUUAUUUCAGAGAUCUGUGGAAGACUACAAAUUGUUGUUCCAAAAAGCUCUGAGCAGAAUCCUUCCUGCUAUCCGGGGUAGCCAAAAUGAGAAGGAGAUGGAGGUACUGACAAAAAUCUUGCUUAUUCAUCAAAGGUCUCCCUUCAGCACAAACAAGCUGAAGAAGUGGCUGGACGACAUUCACGCUGAACUCAAUCUGUUGAAUACCUACACCAGCCAACUUGGUGCAGUCCAAGUAAUAACAUCCUCUGUUAAAUUCGACGAAGUUAUCUUUGAUCCCAUGGUUGAUACAGUAGUAUGCUUCUCCUUCACUUCUCUGGAUAAAGACCCAUACCUCUCAACCAUAACUGAGUUCCUGAAGAUAGAGGACUUAGAAAAUCUGAACCUGAUUUCAGAAACAAGUGAUCAAGACAUUCAGGCCUGGUUCAGGAAUUCGGAAAUAUAUGAGAAGAUGAGAAGAAACUUUUACCUCUUCAAAAGUUUUUUUGAAGUCAAUCAAGGAAAUGAGAAAACCAAAUUUGUCAUACACCCAGUCUCAGACUCCUCCAAUCCUGGAGCCUCCAUCCGUCUCUACAGAAACGGGCAAAUGAAGGACAACAACUUUCAGCCUGUGUCUAAACCUGCUAAACCCAGUGUGAGCAUCCAGAACAGGGAUGUGAUCCUGAAGCUUCAGAAGUCCCCGACUGGAGAGACCAUUCAGUACAGAGUUGAAUACAGAGCAACACAACCACCAGGUGAUUCAGGAGCUGAUAGUGAGAACUGGGAAUUCAGAGUAACCCCAGAUGCACAGGAAACCUUUACCCUAACUGGACUGCAGUUUGAAAACCAGUACCAUGUCCGGUACAGAGCAGUUGGUCAUGUGGGAAUGAGUGAAGCCAGUGACUCCAGUGAUGUCUUCUCCCUACGAGAAGAGAGUGACCCCGGUGCUUCUUUCUGUAUCGAGCUAAGGAAUAGAAUACUGACCAGUCUGGGCACUUCAAAGUGGAGUCUGUCGACUAUCCAGUCAGAGCUUACCAAUCGAGUGAGCGACAUUGUUAUUCCAUAUGAAGGUGCAAUUUCUGAUGGGCUGAAACCAGGAAUGGCUUUGUUCCUCCGAGGAGUUGUUCCCAAAGAUGGAGAAGACUUUAUCAUAAAUCUGAAGACAAAGUCAGGGGAAGAUGGUGACAUCGCUUUCCAGUUCAAGUUUCAAUUUAAGACAUGCACAGUGGUCUGCAACAGCUUCAAAAAAGGAGAGCGGGGAAAACCAGAGGAGACCAGAAAUGCUCCACUUAGAAAAGGAAAUACCUUCAAUAUAUUUAUGGUUAUCCAUCCAGAACAUUAUGAGGUGAUUGUGAAUGGCCAGGUGUUCUCUAAGGUUAAGCACCGUAUACCACUGAAGAGAGUGUCUGUAAUGAACAUCACAGGAAACGUGGACAUGAACACCUUCAGCAUCAUUGAAGUGGACAAUAUCAUCAUGAAGGUCACUGUUCCUCCACUGAACGUCACCAUUGAAGGCGCUGAUCUUUUCAAAUAACCAUGACCAGAUACAACUGAUGUGCUGUUUUUCCUCAUAUAUUACUCAAGUAUCAUAAAAUAUCAACACAACAUAAAAAAAUAGAAAUAUAGCUCUGAAAAAAAUAAGAGACCACUUAAAAAUGAUGAGUUUCUUUGAUUUUACCAAAAUUGAAAACCUAUGGAAUAUAAUCAAGAGGAAAAUGGACUGUCACAAGCCAUUAAACCAAGCUGAACUGCUUGAAUUUUUGCACCAGGAGUAAAGGCAUAAAGUUAUCCCAAAGCAGUGUGUAAGACUGGUGGAGAAAAACCUGCCAAGAUGCACGAAACUGAGAAUUAAAAACCUGGGUUAUUCAACUAUUGAUUUUUAAACUGUUUGAGUAUGAACUUGUUUUCUUUGCAGUUUUAAAGGACUGAAAGUUCUGCAUCUUUUUUGUUAUUUCAGCCCUUUCUGCAUGACAAUAUUUUUAUUUGGGAGAAAGGUUACCCCUAGUUUAAAUAAUAAAACGACCUGUUUAUUUUAUUUAAACAUAUGCCUACAUGUAGCAAAAUCAGAGAAACUGAUUCUUAAUUUUUUGUUUUUGUAUUUGUAUUUGUCGUGACAGUAUUCUCGUCAACAACACUGGCAGCCUUCUAAAUGUAUAAUUAUUAUACAGUAUAUCACUCUUCUUUCUCAUAUUACACACUGUAAUCUUUUGUAUGUUUACAUACAGCCAACUGAAUCAAAUAGAGAAAUUACAUUAAGUAUUUACCUAGGUGUUUUGAUUGGACAUUUAGUGGAAAUAAAUCUGAAUGUACUAUAUAUAUUGUAUUUGGUGAUAACACAUCAUAUGAGAACAAAUGAACAUAAUUAAAAUUAUGAUUAAAAUCAUUAUUAUUUAAAAUGAUUUAAAUGCUCGUACCUCCCUUUAUUUUUGUGGGGAAGAUAAAUAUAAUUGUGAAGUGUGGUGUAAUGCCUUGCAAACAGACCAGAGCCUUUUUUAUUAUAAUAGAGUGAGUCAUAAUUUACCUUUGUGUGUGUAAGAAAGUGUGUGUUACAAGAUUUAAUCCAUGUUUCAGCAUAAAUAAAAAUAAAUCUGCCUUCUGAA